CUCGAGACGGCAGAAAUAUGGUGCCAGCCACAGGGGCAGGCACGCGGGCCCUGGAUCAGGGGUGUGCCGCUACCCCUGCCGGUAUGGGCCCAUUACGAAGCUCCAGCCCUGACCGUCUCAACGGUCGAAGAGUAUGAGGAAUUAGCAGGCAGCGUUGAAUUGGAAACGCAGCACUUACUGCGCGAGCACCGUUAUGACACCGUUGGCAAUUUCCUUAAAUUCUAUAAGGAUUACGCUGCCAGCGGUGAAAGCGUACUGGAGAGAUUUUAUCACAAAUAUCAACCACUUAUAACACGUGAACAUCAUACUUGCGUAGGUUUGGGGUUUGAGUUACUACAUCGGUUAAAGGGUUUAAACAAACGAUUUCCUGACAUAGCAAGUGGCCUCUACUUAGUGUCCUGCGAGGAGACGAUAGAUAAUGUUGCUAAUUACGUCGGUGGACCACCCGCUGCAGACAGUGGAGAAAAGGAACAUGUACUUGUGUGCCUGAAAAUUAAUAUUAGCGGGCGCCGAGGAGUUAUGCUUCUCGAUCCCGGAUAUCAUGUAGCUCGAGUAAUUACUGUGAUGGAAGAUAAAUUGUAUCCACAUACAGGCUGGUUUAUUCAGUCUGACGAGCCGGAUUGUAAAAAAGAGUACAAUUACUUUCUAUGCGCUAAUGACCCCGAUUAUGUCGAAUGGCAUGAAAGGAAAACUCGAUCUGACACCUUGGAGAGAACACAAGUUGCUCUUAUAUACGUGGCAAGGCCAUAUUUAACUGCCAUCGAUGUUACGGAACGUAGAAAUUUAGUUUACAACUUCAGGAGUCUCCUUGCGCGAGAUACUAAAGGUCAUGUUACAGCUGGUAUAUAUUUUCCUGUUGUGCUAGACAUGAAUAAUGCACAAACUUUUACAGUUUUUUACCAAACUAGCAACGGCAAGAAAAGAAUCAAAAUGGCGUUCAACAAAUUUUGCGGUUCACCGAAGAUUAAUCCCGAUACCGAGGAAAAAGAAAUCAUCGCAGAAUGUGCUCGGCAGUUAGACUUGUCACAAGAUACAGUAGAAGAUUUACUUUCUGCUCUUGCUACAGUUAUGAGCGAUUCAGCCUUCGUGGCACAACUCCUGGCUAUUAAUUCAAGGAUCAACACCUUAGCAGAAGACAAUUAA